AUGUCAUUUAGAGGUGGCAGAUCAGGUGGAUCACAAAGAACUAUACUACCAUUUGGAUUAGAUUAUGCUGAUAUUUUAUCAACAUCUCAAGUUACUGAAAAACCUCAGUUAUUAUUACCUGUUAAUGGAGAUAUAACGGAAAUGGAACAAGAUAUUGCAAAACAGUCAAUUACAUUUGCUAAUUUAAUGUCAGAAGGAGCUUUUUAUACUGGUGAUUUAAUGGAUAUAAAAGAAAAAGAAAAAGAGAAAACUAAAUUAUCAACUACAUAUCAAACUAAUGAUGACGGAAUAGAACGAUAUUCAGAUAGAUAUAAACAAACUAAAAAAAUAGGUAGAACAAUUGAAGAACAUCCAUAUAAUUUGGAGUUUUUCCCAGAAGAAUUAUAUUCAGUAAUGGGAAUAACUAAUAAAAAUAAGAAAAAAUUACUUGCGUUAUCUAAAUUUAAAUCAAAAGGUGGUUUGCGAGAGUUUUUAAGUGAUGAAAAACAAGAAGAUUUAAAAGAUGAAGAAAAAGUUAAACAAUUACAACAACAAAUGCUAAAUAUGAUUGAAGAUGAUAAUAAAAAAGAUGAUGGGGAAGAAGAAAAAGAGGAAGAGGAAGAAGAUGUAGAUGAUGAAUAUGAAGAUGAAGAUGAUGAUGAUGAUGAUUAUAAUGCAGAGAAAUAUUUUGAUGAUGGAGAUGACGAUGAUGGGAAUGAAGAUGGUGGUGACGAUGAAGCAGCAUUUUAA